GUGCGUCGUUUCUCCAUGAUUUUCCUAUCAUUUCAUAGUGCAACAUCAUCCAGUGUAUUUUGGCACCCGGGGCACAACCUUCUCGUCUGUGCCACUCGUAGAAGAAACUUGUAAAACCUUUUUCACUGCAGCUUAAGAUGUUAAUUUACAGGGACGAUGUAAUUGAGUGGAACGCCGUGGAUGUCUUGAUCGACUGCCAGUUGCAUUACGGUCGGGUGAUCAACGUGGCGGAGACGGGAUUGGUCAUUGACUUCCAGUGCCCGGAACGCCGUUCGCAGCUGGUGGCGUACGGGAGCAUUUUCCGCUGCGACAAGUACUUGGGGCGGCCAACGACGCACGCCCAGGUGCUUCUGCGGCGUCAUCCCGCCGGCGCCUGGAUCUGGUAUCCCGGGAGGGUGGUCCCCGUUGACAGCUACUGCUAUGAUGAUUUUGAAUUGGUGGAGGUGCAGCGGCCAUACGGCACCGUCACCGAGUUCCUCCCAUGGCAGCAAGUCCGCUCUCCAACCUCGAGGGAGGAGGAUAUGCGGCUGGUGGAGAAGGGCGAUUUUGUCAUACGGUCGUGUCCGGUGCCGGGUGCCUUUGUGCCCAGCGAAGGUCCGAUGUUGAGUGAAGCCUUCAACCGGGAAAUGGCUCGUCGCAAUGGGGCAUUGUUCACAGGCGUGCUUAAUCAGGAGCUGUUAUAUCUCUAUCGUCAGACUAGCAAUCCAAUACCAGUCGGACUGGUGGAGAGCGUCUGCAUUAACGCAGCCAAAAUGAACAAUAAAGCUAGCACACCCGAUACGACGGCGCUUCCUCCCUGCAGCAAUCUAGGACUUCCGCCGGUGCUGUUGGUGGAGAUCUUCCAGUCGCUGGACUCCAUCGAGCGCAUCCGUUGUCGACGUGUGUGUGCAGUAUGGAACACUCUUCUCACCACGCAAGCCUACUUCCCUGAUGUGCGUGUAUCCAGCGAUUCGGCGGAUUACGGUGCUGGGAAAUUCCCCGGCGACGAGGUGUAUUGGGUGGCGGCGUGUUUGCUCAAAUGCCUCAGCAGCGCCACUCGACGGGUGAUGGUGAGCCAACUGCAGCUGUAUGACGCUCGGCAACUGUCCGCGCCGAUCCACCGUAUCCUAAAACCUGGGCGCCUGCCGGUGCUGGUCUUCCACGACUGCGACGUCGGCGGACGGACGGAUCGUAUUCAGGAGGUGAUCACACGCACGGUUGAUUUGGUUGCGCAGUGUGCCUGCGACAGAGUGGUGUGGAAAAACUGUCGCCUCGCCGAUGACAAUUUGACAGCGCUCGUGUCGUACCACUCCAUGGACGCCCAGUCGCGACAGGGAAUGGAAGUGCAGCUGUGGGAAGUGUUCGAAAGAAAUUUGCUACUCAAAAAGCCGUUGGAUCGGCAGGCCGUUGAAAACUGGAUAAUCGACUGUAUUCCGGGUGUAUACAGUAGUGACGGUCUUUCAGAAGAGGGUAGAAUGAUUUUGAAGGCGUUGAACGAGUACCAGAGUGCCGAUCCCCGUCAGUCCACGCGUUACCGCCAGCGGGCGUGGACGCCGUUCAAUAUUGUCGAUGUGGAUGUCCGCCAGCUGACCACACUGACAGUGACCUUCAUUAAUGAACACCUCCACCCGGCGCCAUCAAAACCGAGGGUUCUGUAAGCAUGCCCCGGGAUGGCGCCGCCUAAAGGGCGACAAUGAUGCUGCACAAACGUAAAUUUUACAGUCUGAUCAUCCAUAGUUUCAUCACUCUCGUGCAUAGUUUCGUCUCUAUGAUGGUAACACUCCAUUAAAGAUGGCGCAGUUACACAACUAAAUGGAUACGGUGUACUAAAUAGAGUGUGAACAGUCCCUUCUCAUGUUAAUUGGGAGAAAUUCUUUAUCUGAUUGUAUAAUAAUUGUAACAACAGCCUAUCUGGCUGCUGUUCUAAACUUCUAGUGGGGUGACGAUCGGUCUUUACCACGAUUAUGCGGCUGCUAGGAUGAAAGGUGGCACGAACGGCAACGAUGCUGGCCGGGGACGCUCUUACUGAUGUGACACAAUUACACAGGUGGCUCCGAUUGGGAUGACGCUGGUUCAUCCCAAGCGGUCAAACACAACAACGUAACUCAAGGCAUGUUUAAUGACAAGGCGUUCA